ACGGAGUGAAGCGAAACGGGAUAUUACUACUGAAAGCGCGCGCACAUACACGCACAGUUGUCAUUCCAUGCACCAUACACUCACCUCCCGUUCCUCAACGUCUAUCAAAACACAUCCUGCGGACCCUCUCUCCGUCACAUCCACGGCUUUAUGGCCGCUACGCUUCUUACGAUGAGCGCUGCGCUCGCACCGGGACAAGAUGACUUUCUCUCGCUCCUCAAACCCUCACUAUCCGACGGCUUUCAGGAGGACUCCUCUCUGUUUUCCUUUGAAGCCAAGAAUCCCGACACGGAAAGGGGCUUAUCACACGACUAUUCUCAGGCUAAACAGGAGAUGGAUAAAUAUCUGUCUCCACAACCUGUGGCUCUCCCUGACCCAAAGAAAUCAAGACGAGAGAACAUCUCCGUAAUGGACCAGUUUUUCAGGGAUGAACACGGGUCCCCCUUCAGCAUCAACAUGAAUGUCUUCCUCCCCGACAUUGCUUAUCUAAGAACAGGAAUGUGCCGGCCAGCGCGGCCUUCAGUCCCCAGCCAGGUCAAAACUGAACCUGUAUCAGCGCCUUUCUCUCAUCCCGAGUGUCCGGUGAGCUCGACUGGCCCUGCUCCAUCCACGCUGCCCGAUUUCACCAGCAUCUUUAACUCGAAUUCCACUUCGGGUUCUGAAAUCAAUCCCAUGGACGAUAACUCUGGGGUCUUUGUCAAGCAGGAGAUGCAAGGCUUUGACAUCCCACAGGAUGGGCCGCUCUUCCAGCUCCUCAACUCAGAGCUGGACAUCCCCCAUCAAGCCGAUUCACACUCCCACCCUCAUGCUCACUCUGUGUCCUCACAGAUGCCUACUUUCCAUGACCUGCACUUAGCGACCCAACAGACUGCUUCCAAGCCGUACUGUGGCAUGCCCGCCACCGGUUACCCUCUCGGCCUGGGCCACUUUGUGCAUCCUCAGGGUCAGGCUCAGUCGCAGCUCAAAAUGGCCUAUCUCCCCCCCUCGCCUCCCACUUCAGAACCUGGCAGUCCUGACAGACAGAAGGAACUGCUUCACAAUCUGACACCACCACCAUCUUACGCCGCCACUAUCGCCUCCAAAAUGGCUGUCCAUGCUCCCAGUCACCCAACACCCACCUCGACACGAGCCCCCGUGACCACUGGGUCCAUGCCUGUUCGUUACAACAGACGAACAAACCCAGACCUUGAGAAAAGACGGAUACACCACUGUGAUUUUGCAGGUUGUAAGAAAGUUUACACCAAGUCGUCCCACCUGAAAGCUCACUUGAGGACACACACUGGUGAGAAGCCGUAUAGGUGCACGUGGGAGGGCUGCGACUGGCGGUUUGCUCGUUCCGAUGAGCUGACGCGUCACUUCAGGAAGCACACGGGAGCCAAACCCUUCCAGUGCGCUGUGUGCAGCCGCAGCUUCUCUCGCUCCGAUCAUCUCGCCCUGCACAUGAAGAGACAUCAGAAUUAGACACAAAGACACACAUCCUUGUUAUUAUUAUGCACUUGAAGUGAUGGCAGAAUGACUUGUUUCUUUCUCUACACCGCGACGAACCUUAUAAUGCUUAGGGUAAUCAUCUUUCUCUGACCUGUCGAGAGCAUCGAGCUGUGGACUGUAAACUUUAGAUAUUACCACGAAAUCCUGUUUCUCGUUGUUCGGUACCCUUUUCCUCUUUCUUUAGAAUGUAUAGAUCAAAUUUCCGUUAGGACCCUCAUCUCAUUUUGAUAUUCUCUUUAAGCUGUUUUGUACAUGAGACCCGGCUCUCAUCGUCUAAUUGGAAGAAGAAAUGUUUUUUUUAAAACAUAACGAAAUGAACUGUUAAAUACACAGGUUUCAUUCUUGUACAUCUGCAGAGCACUGAGACUAACUAACUCCCAUUUGUACUUGGCACUUGAAUUAGACUGGAAAAGAUGAAUAUCUGAAUAUAUAUAUCACUGGAAUAGUUCCUGCUCAUGCUGGGGUUUCAGGUACACAGCCUAUACUGCGAUUCCCUCAUUUUAGUUACUGAAGUAUUUAUAGCUUUGGAUGAUAAUGUGCUGCUACUGAACAGCAUUUAUUUUAUGAAUUAUUAAACAGUGGUAUAGAAAAGCAAUGAGAAGUUGGAAAAGGGCUUUAGACAGCUGUGUGAUUUGUACUGUCCCCUUUAUACACACCGAAGCACGCCGGCUGAACAUUUGUUUUCCUACUGUCAUUGAUGCAUAAGCUCAUAUGAAUGUACGAGACCACAGUGACUGUUCUUUUGAACGCUUUUCAUCUUAAAGUGCCUUUUCAUAUUUGUUUUUAUCAGCAGCACAUGCUUGAACUUAUUGUUCAUAAAAAGAUCAAAAGAAAAUUCAGCAGGUUACCGUUUUUUCACUAUUACCGCAUUAAUUCGGCUUCGUUUAAGAGAGGGUUAUCGCAUCAACUGGUUCUUUCUUGUAAAAUCGAUGUAUUUAUUGCAUUGGCUUUGUGAAGUGGAAUUUGACAAGUUUUGUGUAAUUGAAAUGCCUUAAUGUAAAUACUAUGACAUUUUAAUGUAAAUAUUAUUUAGAUUUAUUUUUUUGCUCUAUUCUUUUUUUUCUUUUUUUGAAAAAAAAAAAAGAUCAUUGCUUUUGUUUUUGGAUUUUUCUUUUUUUUUCACUUAUUUUGUAGAUUCUGAAAUUAUAUUUCUAAAUUGGUUGUCCUCUUGACAAUAUGUUUUUUGCCUACUGAUUGAUAUGAAACCUAAUAAAAUCAACUUUAUAAUUUUUAAUGCA